AUAAAACGUAAAAGUAUAUAUAUAUUUUUUUUUGGGUUUUACCACGCAUUUGGGCACUACUCCUUUGAAGGGACCAAUCAGAGUGUUUUAGGAACGUUUUAGGAUUAAUGAAAUAUCUAAGAAAAUGGCUUUUGUAGCGCGCCGUUCUACUGGGGGCAAGUUAGUUGAGCGCCAGCAAUUGUCCGGUCGUGGUUCGAGUACAAUGAACAGACCCAUGACAGAUAUAAGCGAUGAUGAUGACACAGAUACGAUGAUGGGUUACACUAAUCGAACUUUCAAUUCGCCACCCACUGUGCGUUAUGUGGGAGAGGACACGAAAAAUGACAUCGACGACGACGAUGAUGAUGAUGUUGAUGUUGAUGAUGUUGAGGAAGAAAAGGACAUUUAUGAGUUGGACGACGAUCCAGACACUGAUGCAGAAACAAGUUAUACCUUUGCGCCCCAGAAGAUGGGAAGUGUCAGCAGUCUAGACACCAAUGUGGAUACCAUAAUGGAUUUUUGCAAUGAGUUGGAUGAAUGCGAAAGGGAAGACGAGGAGCGAGAAAGAAAGCAAAAUCUUAAAGAUAGCAUCGAAUCAGAACUGGCUAACUUGGAUGAUGAUGUUGAUGAUGAAGAUGAUUCGGAAUGGCAAACCUACAAAAGUCCAACACCAAGAGCCGUGCCCGCUGAAGAGCAUUCAAUGCCAACUGAUACAGAAACCGAUACCAUAUGGAACAACAAUCAGGACAAUCAGAGUCUCAGUUCAUUCGAGAGUCUUCAGGUACCGGAGACUCCAGCAAUUCCAAUUGAUGCCCAGAGUGCCAAGACUUAUUUUGUGGGAAAAGUGGAGAGCAACAAUGACCCUCUGUUGACCAAUCGCACUUAUGACUUGAGCAGUGCUUCUUCUGUGCGCAAAACUGACGCUUCUUCGGUAUCAGGUUCGAGCUGGACAGAAAAUCGUAGUAAUAUGGUGCCUUCUCUAAGUCUUGGUAGCUGCAGUUCCGAUGCCUCUACUUACUAUAAAACCCUCGAUGGGAAGAAGGAGCGUGUCUCUCAGUCGUCCUAUGAGGAUUGGAUUGCCCGCAAGGAACGCCAGAAGCAAGAAAAGAUACAAGCAGCCAAAAUGGAGAAGGAGAAAAAAGAAUCCGAAGCUGCACUACGUCAACGUCUCUCGAAAGAACGUUUCGAGCAAUGGUGCAAGCGCAAGGAGGAACAAAAAAAAUCUAAACCAACGAGUUUGGUUAAUGCUAAAGGUAGCGUCUCGUCCCGAGUGGGAAUGGGUGGUGGUACCUCGUCUUUUGCUAGCACACAGUCUUUGAGAACUGUUAAGCCUCCACCGAUCAGAGAAACACCCGAGAUGAUGAAGAAACGUCUCAAGGAGUGGGAACGUGUCAAGGUUGAAAAACAACAGCAAGAACGUGAGCGUCUACGUCAGCAGGAGGAGCGUAAGGAAAAGUUGGAGCAAGAGCGACUGCAAAAGACUAAAGGAGCUUGGAACAAGUGGAUGAAAAAAGUGAGCAAUCGUCCGAAGCCAGUGCCUCUUAAUCAGGGCAUUGAUACAUUGCGAGGCACAGUAUCCAAUAUCUACAUCAAUCCCAUUCCUUGGGUCUCCAAUAUCGAGCCUAAAGAUUCCCGCGGACGUUAAGUUCUCAACCUUCACUCUCAAUCCCUUUCCCUGUAUAACCUUUAGAUAGUUGUCCAUCAAAAAAAAAAAAGAGGAAGUAAAGCGGUUUAAUACAAAUGAAUAUGCAGGAUAAUUGUUUGUUGACGAUAUAUUUUGAGCUACGACUCACCCAAUAAACAUCAGAAUGCAUGAACAUAAA